AAGAGUGCUUUUUCUGCACAUGAUCAGCAGGAGUUAGUGAAAAAAAAUAACAGAGAUAGACGGGGUGAAAAUGAGAUCUCGUUUGUCCAUCGUGGAGUAUAUAUAGAGAGGAUUAGAGGUAAAGUUUGGAAGUAUAUUCAGACAAAUGAUCUGGGCACAUCAAUCUCUGUCUGAAACAACUGGUGAAAGGACAAAGACAAUGUUGUCCACAAAGUAGACAGGCUUUGUCGAAUGAAACUAAGGAUAGAAUGGGAGUUUUACAUUAUGGAACACUUCAAAGUGGAAGUCUAGAUUGUGAAACUCAUGGGAGUGGACAUAGCUGAGCUGGGGAAGGGGGUAUAUUUUUGUUUGUAAAAACAAAGGCCGAUUUUUAACAUUCCUUUACGAGACCCCACGAGUGGACUUCUGCUACAUUUUUUCGCCCCCACUAGGUCCCCCACCUGCUUCUAUCUAAAGCCAGCCUCUUAGCCUGCGCUCCUCUCUCUCUUAGCUCAGGCAAAGACAACAGUUGUUCAGAAAGCAAAAGAACCCCACAAACUCUUAGUCCUACUUAGGUCCAGACCCUGCAAAAAACAUUAACACUUUCUCUCUCUCUGUCUCUCGAAAACAAAGAUGACUUGGAGAGACCGAGAACAAGAGAAAAGAUGGGGUUGACGAUGGAUCAACUUUGAAAUCAAAAAUCAAAAAAACAUUUUAGUAUAAAAAUAAAAAUCACCCCUUUCAAAACCUGGAAACCCCACCAAAUGGAACUCACAGAUUUGCAAAGCAAUAAGCAAACCAACAACACUAACGACAAUUCUACAGAACCCCACCAUCAGUCUAUCCACCACCAUCAUCAGCAGCACCACCACCACCACUUCCAGCAUCAAAAACAGUCAUCUUCUCCUCACUUUGGGGUCCCUUUUGAUGGCACCAGAUCUUCAGCUCCUUCUUCUGGCCACCCUUUUGAUAUGGGCUCCAUCUCUCACCUUCACCCCCACCAUCACCACCAUCUUCUUCAUCCUCCUUCUUCCACAGCUACGACAACAACAACGUCGCCUCUCUCCUCUUCUUCUUCCUCCUCUUCCUCUUCUUCAAUUUCUACCACUACAACCAACCCACCUCAACUCGUUGACGCUUCUCUUGCUAUUGCUACCAGAUCUACUUCUCUCAACAUCGAUUCCACAAAGAAGAAUGAACCAAACUUGCCACUUUCAUCUACGACGACUACGACACCAACAACGACGACCACAGCUAACCCACCAGUGAAACGCUGCACCAAGGAUCGCCACACCAAAGUCGAUGGUCGCGGCCGCCGUAUCAGAAUGCCAGCUACUUGUGCGGCUAGGGUUUUUCAAUUGACAAGAGAAUUAGGUCAUAAAUCUGAUGGGGAAACGAUUGAAUGGCUUUUACAACAAGCUGAACCAGCGAUAAUAGCAGCCACUGGAACUGGUACUAUACCAGCCAAUUUUUCAUCUCUUAAUGUUUCGUUAAGAAGUAGUGGAUCCACGCUUUCAGCACCACCUUCAAAAUCUGCUCCUCACUCGUUUCAUAAUGCUUUAGCUUUGGCUUCUCAUCAUCAUCACCCUUAUGAAGUAGGGUUUUCUCAUAGCGCUUUGUUGGGUUUUCACCAGCAGCAGCAGCAGCAACAGCAACAUCAUCUUCUAACAGCAGAUCAAAUAGCUGAGGCUUUACCUGGAGGAGGUGGUGGUGGUGGUGGAGAUAGUGGAAAUUCAAGUGAGAAUUAUAUGAGGAAACGUUUUAGAGAGGACUUGUUUAAGGAUGAUAAUCAGCAACAAGGUGCAAGUGGUAGUGGCGGCGGAGGUGGGAGCGGAGACGGAUCCCCUAUUAAGGCUUUUAAAAGUGGUUUAAGUCAAUUGCCUAAACCACAACAAGAUACUGGAUCUUCGGGCCUACUUCGGCCAUCAAAUAUCCUGCCCGGCACUGCCAUGUGGGCCGUGGCACCAGCUCCUAGCAGUGGAGCGGGAAGUACGUUUUGGAUGCUGCCCGUGACUGCUGGUGCUGGUGGCCCGUCAGUGGCCACAGGUGCAUCCGGGGCUGGUCCUUCUGAUCAACCCCAGAUGUGGCCUUUUGGAACAGCAAGUCCAGCAAGUGGGAAUACAUUGCAAGCACCAUUACAUUUUGUACCAAGAUUUAAUCUUCCAGGUAAUGUUGAAUUCCAAGGUGGUCGAGCGAGUCCUUUGCAAUUGGGUUCGAUGUUAAUGCAGCAACAACCUUCUCAGCAUCUUGGGUUAGGAAUGUCUGAGUCUAAUUUGGGCAUGUUGGCUGCUCUUAAUGCCUAUUCUAGAGGUGGUUCAAAUAUUAAUUCAGAGCAAAAUAAUCCACUGGAACAUCCUCAACACCAGCUUCAAGGUACAGAUAGUGGAGAUGAAGACCCAAAUAAUUCUCAAUGAUGGCCAGAGAAUUAAAUUUACAAGUUGAUGUGGAACGUGAAGUUUGUGAUGAGCUGAGUGCAUGAAACAUUUUAGUGGAUUGUCAUCUGGAGAGAAAUUAAGGUUCUAUUAGGUGCCAUUGUUAGGUUUUGUUUGUUCAUUUGAUUUUGAUUUUUGAAUUUUUGUAGCUAGGUUUUGAUGUGGUGAAGUUUGGCUUUGUAAUUUCAGUUGUUGUCCGAAUGGGACCUGAUCAUAGGGAACAGGAAUGAGAGAGAGUUGUUUGUAUAGGAGGAUAUUUGUUUGUGUUGAUUACAAUAUUAUUGCUAUCAUUUGCUUUGUUUGUAUGAGGAAUUUGAAAAAAAAAACAAAAAACAAAAUAACGAAAACAAAAUGAA